AUGGAAACUUUGCUAUGUCAGGUCACGCUGAUCGAACCAUCAGAGUAUUUUUUGUAAUAUUCAUAUACAAUACAGCUUUGGAAUCCAAAGAAGGGAUCACUGAUCAAAUCUUAUGCAGGUGUUCACAACAGAGAGGUGCUUGACAUUGCAAUAUUUAAUGAGAAUGAUAAGUUUGCUUCCUGCGGAGGGGACAAAACAUUUUACAUUUGGGAUGUGCUAUCUGGAAAGUACAUAAGAAAGUUUAUUGCUCAUACAAAUAAAAUAAACGCAAUAUGCUUGAAUCAUUUUUAAAACGUGAUCGCAACAGGCUCAUUUGAUAACUCAGUAAAAUUGUGGGACUUGAUGAGUAGGGAUUACAGACCUAUUUAAGUACUGGAUGAUUUUAGAGAUUCGAUCACUAAAAUCAUGAUAACUGAUGAUUCUAUAAUAGCAAGUUCAGUAGAUGGGAUACUCAGAACUUAUGACAUAAGAAUGGGAAAGUUAGUGAGAGAUAACAUAGAGGCACCCAUUAAUAGCUUUGACAUUGGAGAAGAUAAAAAGUUUGUGGCAGUCUCAUGCUUAAAUUCAACGACAAAGUUAUACGAUUUAUCUACUGGCGAGACAAUUGCAGACUAUAAGGGCCAUCAUAAAUCAGAUAAUUAUCACGGCUCAGUUAAGUUUUCAAAGGACAACUCAUAUUUAGUUCAGGCAUCAGAGGAUAAUAACAUCGUAUUGUAUGAUAUUGUGACAAAAGAACCACUUAAUAUUCUAAGAGGCCAUCUGAGACCAGUGGUAAGCAUUGAUAGGCAUCCAGUUGAACCUAAUAAAUAUAUAUCUGGCUCAGCAGAUGGCUACAUCAAAAAGACUUAUCAAAUUUUUCUAAGAAGUAUGUACCUAUUCUUUUUAUCUGACUUUAAAAAUAAAAUCUUAACCGUUACUCUUCUUAUUAGAACUAACAAAGAGUCAAAAAUCAAGAAUUUCGCUUAAGUUGAGGCAGUUAUGAGACAAUUGAAGGUGAAAUUUGAUGGGAAGCUGAUUAAUCAAAUCAUGAAUGAAGAACGUGGAGCUGCUCUAAGACUUUUGUAUCAGAUUAAACUGGGCAUUAUGAAAGAUAAUCCCUAGGAGUUCAAUAUUCAAGCUAAUACUAAGACAAUUACGGGUUUGGACAAACAUACAUUAGACCGUAGAUUUGAAGAGGUAAUGCAGCUCAAGACAACUCUUCCCACUCUUAAUAAAUUCUAAACAAUGAAUAGGUCAAAGAAACUUGAGUCUAUAGAAAAAACUCUACUUAAAUUUGAACACACUAAGAAGUAACAAGAUGAUUAUGCAUACAAAUCCCAAAAAGAUGAAGAGGAAUUGAUUAAUAAACUCUACUAGGAUUAGAGACAAAUGUCUAUGAAUAAAAUGAAGGAGAAUCAACAAUUUAUGAAAGAUUGGGAAAAAGAAGGUCGCAAGAAUUGGGGUUAAAACUAAUAAAAACGCUCAGACGCUAUUGCCAGAUAGUAGUACUUUGAAGACCUAGAAGUUAAAGCUUUUAAGGAUAAACUUGGAAAGGAACUGGACGAGGCAACCAAAGACAUGGCUGGUGGGAUUAAUGAAUUUGAGAUGAACUUGCAAAAGCUAGGUAUCGAGAAGAACACUAACAUUGAAGAUGCAAUCAAGAGAAUGGAGGAGAAGAAAGGUAUUCCACCUGGUUAGAUUCAGAAUUUCUCUUACGCUGCAACAAUGAAUAAGAUUAAGGAGAAUAAAAACUUGUAAGACUUCGCUGCAAAGGAACGAGAUCGUCGAAGAAGAAAGAUGAUCGUGGACUAGGCCCGUACUCAGAAUAAUCUUGAUAAAAAGAAAAACGAAGAGCAGUUGAUCCAGAAAAUAAUGAAAAAGCAAGCUGAGGAAUAACAAUUUGCGUACCUUGAGUGGAGAAACUAGCAAUGCAAGUAGCUGAUUAUUAAGAAUAGAGAAGAAAAAGCAUUUGGUGUUGAAGAGAAAAAGAAGGCGCAGAUGCAAGAAUUAGAAAGGAAGAGGAAUGAGGAACAUGCUGCUAUGAUUGAAAGUCAUAGGAAAAAUAUUCAGGAUUAGAAAAAAUACUAUCAACAAGUCAGAAGGGAGGAAAAACUUAAAAGGAGAAUGCUGAAUAUUGAGGUCUGCAGUGAAGUUAUGGAUCUAAUUCUUGAUGUUGCAAAUCAGACAUUCGAUCAAUAAUAGAAAAAUGGUAUAAAGAAGCUUGACAAGCCAACAUGGAGAGAGUGGAUGAACAUUUUUGUAGACAAUAAAUUAGUCUCAUCCGUAGUUGGAGAUCACCAUCAUGGAUUCUCUCAAGGAUUAACAGAUGACGAUCCAACACGAGACCAAUACUCGGAUCCUCUCCAAGAUCCUACAAAAAAUCUUGAAAGCAUCUUGGAUGAAAUGAAGUUUGACCCAGCAUACGAGGAUCUAUUGCAAUAUCUGAGUGUUACAGGUAUUUUCAACCUUAAUUAAGGUGAUCAUGCUCCAUAUUGGAAUCAAAUGCUUGAUCUAAAUUCUUUUGACUUUGAUUUCAAAUUCCUGGACUCACUAAUUCCCCCUCAUAAUCCAGAACUAGGAAGAAAUUUAAAGUAGAUCUUAAGCAGUCUAUGGUAAACUGAAUAGCCUGAUAAUUUAGAGGAAUCAAAACUAGAAGAAACAAUUGGUAUUCCUCAUCACUUGCCUUUGAAGCUAUGCAUUCUCGGGAAGAAGUAUGGGGGUAAGAGAACUGUGGCUAAAUAGAUUCAGGAAUUAUACAACAAUAAAGUCAAGGUAUUUAAGAUGGAUGAUUUGAUUAAAGAAGUGUAUGAGUAUGUCAGUCCAAAGCCCUAAGCUGUUGAAGUCGAUAAAUCUAAAAAGGCUCCAGCAAAAAAGGUUGAAGAAGCUGCUCCUAUAGAUGCUUAUGCUGGAAUGGAUACCAAAGAUUACAAGGAUAUAGGCAACUAAGUUAAAGCUAUUUUUGGUGAAAACUUUGAUUUUGCAACUCUUAACAAUAGUGGAGCACCUGACCUAGUUAGUAUGAUUCAAGAUGAUUCAUUGCUGAUUAGAUUAUUCAUCCAGAAAUUAAAGUUAAGUUUCCCUUAAGAUAAACCAGAGCAAGUAAAAAUUGAGGAAAUCAAACUAAACAUUUAAAAAGAAAAAGAGAUUUUGGAAUAACUGGCUGAAUUAGAAUAACAAAAUGCAGCUGUUGGAGGAGCUCAAGAUAAAAAAGGCAAGGCUCCUCCUGCCAAGGGAAAGAAUGCUGGUUCAAAUGAAGACUAGCUAAGAUAAGAUCUUGAGUUAAUUUAGAAAAUCCAACCAGAGGGAUGGAUACUCCUAGAUUUCCCUAGAACACUAUCACAAGCAAAAUUAAUGGAGAAAUUAAUGACUGGUUUCCAAAGCAUGACUGACUUACCAAAAAAUCAAGACUUAGUAGCCUUUGAAUAAUGGUCAAAGAUAGCAUCUGCAUCUACGUCAGAGGCUGAUAGUUCAAGUGACUUACCAAAGAUCUACUAGUCAGCCUCAGAUGCAGUGAUAUUCUUAGAUACUCCUUCGGAUGAAUGCUUUAGAAGAAGUCAGAAUAGAAAGAUCGACCCAACUACAGGAACUGUUUAUCAUUUGGAGGAUAAUCCACCCCCUGAAAAUGAUAAUAAGUUGAAGGAUAGAUUGCAGGAAUAUAGCGAUCCAGAUGCUGACUCUAACAAAAUGAAUAAUCAUCAUUAAGUAUAUGAUGAUAACUAGUAGCUCUUAAAAACCUGGGUCAAUGGCUUUGGUCUUGAGGAAGAUAACAUAGAACCUGUUAAUGCUUUGAUAGAAGUCGGAAUCACUCAUGGAUAGAAGAAAUAAGAUGUUUGGGAAAAAGUUAGCAAAGAAUUGUAAAGAGUGCUCGGCUUCAAGCAAGCCCAAUAUGAUAAGAAGAAGCUUCAAGUGAUGCAAGCAGAGGAGUAAAAUCAGAUUUUGCUAGAUCAAUAAAAAUUGUUAGAAUAAUAACAGCAAGAAUAGUUAAAUAAUAGUAAUGUCAUUGAGCAAUCACCUAGAGUUUAAAACAACGAUCAAAACUAACUAGAUGCAUCUCCUUAGCAAUAGUUUGAAUUGGCUCCUUCAAGAACAAGGUCUCAAAGAGAAAUGUAGAGCUAAUAGUCAAAAAGAUUUAAAUCAGAAAAAUCUAUUGUAUAACCAAUGACUAAUGAAGAAAAAAGAGAUUACUGGCAGACUUUUGAGUAAUCUUAUUACAAGGAAUGCUUGACAGUUUUUAAAGUUAUAAGAAGAUAAAGGGAUCUAAUCCUUGAAGGACUUAAUGAUAUGUAGACUAGAUUCAUAGAUUUUCUUUAAAGAACUGACGCAAAAGUGUAAAAAGUUCAUGAGUUUAUAGAAUCAUUCAACAAAUUCUCAGAUGAAUUCCCUGACCUUAGAGAAGACGAGUAAACAAAAGAAGAAUUGCUUAAAAGAGUUGAUACCUUGAACAAUGAUCUUUGGGCUAUAGUAGAGCAAAGAAAGGAUGAUGCUAUUGCUGAGCAUGCCAAGCUUAUUGACAACGGCUGGAUUGAUAUUGAACUUAAAAAGCUUAUCAAAAAUGCAACAACAGUUGUUUAAAAUGAAGUGAAUAAGUAUCUUGCAUUCUAUGCACUCCUGGUAGGCUUUGAAAGUCCAAUGCAAAUAAGAGUGGAAAGAUACUUUAAUGAUGCAGUUGAUUCAGGACUUGCCGCUAUUAACUAGCACAAAAAAUCUCCCAUUCUCCAUCAAAUAUCAAAGUUAAUACUUAAAGAUAUCUAACAGAGCUUGAUUGAUCAUUAGUAACUUGAUUCUGAUGUUAGAUAAUAACUGAAGAUUGAAUCCGAUAAUCUAAUUUUCAGAUUGAACAUGAUUUAAACCUGGAUUACUGUUAAGCUUAUGGAUUUCUAUUACUUUUCUCAGGAGGUCUACAACACAAUGGAUGAUUGGAUAUCAAUAGCAGUGUUAGAGGAAAAUAAUGCAAUCAAGAGUGUAGUUGACAAAUUGUAAAAUGGUAUCUUCGAACAGUAACUAAGACUCGAUUAUCAUCAAUUUAAUGUGAGCGCUCUUGAUCUCUACUCUAAGAUUUAGACAGUUGACUACUAACCAAAUAAAAGUAUUAUGCUUCCAAGCUAAAAUGGACUAACAUAACACUUCAAGAUUGAGCAUCUUGAGAUUCUAUAUAAAGAUUUUAGGUAAUAUGCCUUUGAUAGGUAUUUAGACGGCUAGACUUUUAUCCAUAUAAUAGUCUUGAGUUUGAAAGAGAAUAGAGUUCCUGGAUCUUGGAGAUGUCUUGAGUUUUCAAGUUUCAAUAAUAUCCUCAGGAGAUAUACUGUUAAGCCUCUAGGAAUGGAUGAUGACUAUAGUAAGCCAAUUUAUAGCAGCAGAGAUUAAGAUGGAUUAGCACAAGUAGAGAGACAAUUUGUCGAUUGGAAAAAGAUUUUAACCAUGUUUAUCCUACUUCAAACAAAUAUGGGAGACGACCAAGAAUCAUUGAAUGAGUAUGGCGAACAACUGAGAGAACUUGCAAAUGAAAGAGGUGAGAUUAGUUAGGAAGAUUUCCUAAAAGCAGAGGCAUGGUUCGAAAAUGUGCAAGCUUUACCUGAUAUUAGAGUUGAGUAGUAGUUAAUGGGAGAUGAAGAUGAUGAAGACUAUGAUCCAAAUUUGAUGUCGCAAGUUAUGACUGACUAUACCAGACUCAGCAGGAUAAAAUCUCUUAUUUUCAAUACUCAUCAAAACAACACUCGAAAGGUCAAUGUCAAUGAAUACAUUCACAUACUAAAAGAAAUACAAGCUAUUGCUUAUGGAACUACCUGCUAUCAAGGACUCUUCUAAUAUUGA